AUGUGGUGCACCGAAGUGCCCUCGUUUCGGGAUCUGAAUAUUUCAGCCGACUCCUGGAGGGUCUCCCUGUCAAGCCAUAACCUCAAGUCAUCAUCGAGAAUCAAUUAUAUCUCUAGCGGCAAGAUUGCUUGCAGGCCCAUCAAUGCACGCGACAAGUCGACUUUGCAGCCCCAAUACGAGGAUCCUGUCGACUUGCAUGGACUUGGUGUCAAGCUCAAGGAUGGAAUCUUCCAGAUUGCGUGCAUCAGCGCACUUCUAACGGCUUACUUCGAGGCUAUACGCCAGGCAAUCGCCUGGGGCGAUGAGGGGAAUGUGGACGCGCCACGGAAGACUAAGAUUCCCAAGACGAGCCAGGACGUUUAG